GCCGUUUUUAGCGCGGUAGGCUCGCUGGCCAGCUGAUAAUCCGAGCUUGCGCAGUGUUUGCUGCUGGGUGGACGUGCGAGGCGAGUCUCUCUAUGUUCGUCCUCUCCGCUAGGUCAACCCAUCUUCUCUGUCGGCGUUUUUACUCGAGCUCCAGUUUUAGGUCGAUCUUCACAAUGCCCCUGCAAAGCAUCAAAGCCAGACAGAUCUUCGACUCUCGCGGUAACCCCACCGUCGAGGUCGACCUGGUCACCGACAAGGGUCUCUUCAGAGCGGCCGUGCCCUCGGGCGCCAGCACCGGCAUCUAUGAGGCCCUCGAGAUGAGGGACAACGUCAAGGACCAGUACCACGGCAAGUCCGUCUUGAACGCCAUCAAGAACGUCAACGAGGUCAUCGCCCCUGAGCUGCUCAAGCAGACCUUCGAGCCAACCCAGCAGAAGGAAAUUGAUGAUUUCAUGCUGAAGUUGGACGGAACCGAGAACAAGUCCAAGCUUGGUGCUAACGCUAUCCUUGGUGUCUCUCUUGCUAUUUGCAAGGCCGGUGCUGCCCAAAAGGGUGUCCCUCUGUACAAGCACAUUGCUGACUUGGCCGGCAACACAAACAUCAUCCUUCCCGUGCCCGCCUUCAACGUGAUCAACGGUGGAUCUCACGCUGGCAACAAGCUGGCCAUGCAGGAGUUCAUGAUUCUGCCCACUGGUGCUACUUCCUUCACCGAGGCCAUGAAGAUCGGCUCUGAGGUGUACCACCACUUGAAGAAGGUCAUCAAGGACCGCUUCGGUCUUGACGCCACCGCUGUUGGUGACGAGGGUGGUUUCGCUCCCAACAUUCUGAACAACAAGGAUGCUCUCUUCCUGAUCCAGGACGCUAUUGCCAAGGGCGGCUACACUGGCAAGGUUGAGAUUGGCAUGGAUGUCGCAGCUUCUGAAUUCCACAAGGAAAAGUUGUAUGAUCUGGACUUCAAGAACCCCAACUCUGAUAAGAGCCUGUGGAUUGACGGUGACAAGCUCGAGGCUUUGUACCAGGAGUUCAUCAAGGACUUCCCCAUCGUUUCCAUCGAGGAUCCCUUUGACCAGGAUCACUGGGAGGCCUGGAGCAAGAUCACCGCCAACACCACCAUACAGAUUGUUGGUGACGAUCUGACCGUGACCAACCCCAAGAGGAUUGCCACCGCCAUUGAGAAGAAGGCCUGCAACUGCCUGCUCCUCAAGGUCAACCAGAUCGGCACCGUCACCGAGUCCAUCGAGGCUCAUCUGCUGGCCAAGAGCAAUGGCUGGGGCACCAUGGUGUCUCACAGGUCCGGCGAGACUGAAGACUCCUUCAUUGCCGACCUUGUUGUUGGCCUCAGCACUGGCCAGAUCAAGACUGGUGCGCCAUGCCGAUCUGAGCGUCUGGCCAAGUACAACCAGAUCCUGCGAAUUGAGGAGGAGCUUGGUGCCGGCGCCAAGUACGCCGGAAAAUCUUUCCGCAAGCCCGAGUAGAGGAAUUGUCAUUAUUUCCAUCUAGUCUGUAUUAGGCCCAAGGCUAAAUUGUUAAAGCUCUUGUCACACACUUGGCAUUUAACGAAAGACAAUUCCCGAGAAGUACUCUACUUGUAUGUGUUGUACCACCUUCCCUCAAUAAAUAAACUGUUUUAGAAUAUUGGUUAUGAGGGUUAAA